UGCUAGCUGUAACGUUUAUAUACAUAAUUUAUGUUGUAAUCAAUGUUAUAAGUAACCUGUAACAUUUACAAGCAUCUUAUUUAAUAUGCAAAGGAUUAGCAUCAACAUUUUAAAUAUUACGUAUUUAAUUUAAUUGUUGCAGAAGUAAAAAACAAAACAAAUAUUAACAUCCAGUAUAAAUGUGAAGGCCUUAGUUGUAAUAUAUAUAUAUAUAUAAUAACUAAAAUAAACUAUCUUGCAGUCUCACUUUACUAAAUUGAACAGGCCAAUGGAAUGUAACUUCAUUACCAAAAAAAAUUUGCACUCACACUACAUAUGGAUAUCAUAUCAAACAACAUAUCAAAAGUUGAUUAAGUUUUAUGAUCAUUCUAAUAAGUCAUAAAUGUAUACAUGACAUUCUUAUGACGAUUCAAAAGUCUCAUAGUCCAGACUUGAUCAUCCUAGCAUUUCAUUUUCACAUGAAGUGCCAAACUAUGGCGUCAAUUUAGCAUGGAUAUUAUCAGUUUUCUGAAAAUUAUCUACAUAAAUAUUAAAAUCUUAACCGGGAGUUAAUAUGUCAAGCAAAUUUCAUAUGUGUUUACACCUAUAUAUGUAAAAUUCUUUAACUAAUAAAAUUAAAUUUACAAUGUUACACAAUUAAUAAGUCAUCUCUCUAAUCAUCCAAAUCGUCAGCAGGGUCAGUUGGUACGAACUGUGUCCACGGAUUGCAACAAGUUUUUUCGCCAUAGCAAUGUCAAAAUUGUGUACAUGUUAAUUUAGAAAACACACAGCUGCAGCUUCUAUUAGAACAAGGGUUUUCUUUUGCGCAACCACAGCGUACCAUAUGAAGUAUCUCGGGUGGAGCCAGAUUAACUCCACUUGGUACAGUUACAGGAAUCAGGCUUUUGUUGACAACAUCUUCUACCCAGCCCAAUUCUGUUGCCAGUUGUUGUGGUGGAUUUUCCUCAAGUGCAGAUUUCCAAAUACACACUUGGAAAUGAGUUCGCUUCACAUGUUCGGCAAAGGCUUCGGUAGUAGGUGGCAAGGUACACAGUUUCACAGCCUUGUUGGUCUUUUCAGUUCCCAUUUUUUUAAGCCACAUGUUGUAUCUUAUAUCUGACAUAGACCUAAUUUCGGCGAUAGAAUACCCAUAGAAUGAUGCUAUAAAUGCAGUAGAUUCAUAUAUUACAUCAUUAAUGUUGGCUCCUAUUUUCCCUAAAAGCGAUAGCUUUAAGCCCUUUUGGAGUGCUCUCACAACAGUUGCCUUUACUAUACCAUAAAUAUGGGAUACCGUAUCACAACCUGAUAAACCAUGGGCCGCCAAAAGAUACGUAAUUAUAUCGCGAUGCUUAUGAGCUGUCAUUCCAAUAUCAAUAACUUGACGCUGGGAUGCAGUUCCUUCCAUUAAAACAGUACGAUUGAGUGCACAAUGUCUGUAAUAGUGAAGAAGCAGAACAAAUACAUCUGUAUCAUUACUUCUAAUUGUUACAAGUUUGUAUCCUUCAUUAACACAGGACACCAUUUGAUGUGGGAUAAUAACAUCCGCUUCUUCAUGCGUUGUUCGUAGGUCUGUUCUGAAUAUUGUAACCCCUUCGUAUAUUUGAACUGGUAAUUAUGAGUUUGUGUUCAUAUGUUGCAGCAUGUUUGCCACCGUCUGUUAUGAAUGUUUCACAAAUGAUUUUGAUUAGUUGAAUCUUGUUGAAUGUAACAGUUAAUAAAACUUUCUGAGAUGGAAGAGGUGUGUUGAGAGUUAAUUUAUGUUAACGGCUAGCUUGUUUACCAGCUCUAGAUGUCCUUGUCACACUUUUGAUACUGAAGUCUUGGUAUCGGUCGAAUAUUAAAUGUACUUCAUCCUUUAUUAAUUCAUUCAAAACACAAGUUACGAAGCCAUUCACAAAGUCACUCACAGUGCCUGAUGAAGGAUAAAACAUUUUCCACAGUGCAGCACAACCAUCAUUUAGGAUAACUGCUGGUAACUCGCUUGAUGAAUGAGUUCUCUUUGAAUGUUGCACUUGAAGCAUGUUUUUUAGAGUUGAUUUAUUUUUUGAAUCCCUCAUGUUACCAUUGUUAUCAAACAUUUAAGUAGGCACAGGAGAGAGUUCAUGACGAAAUACUUCUUCUGUAUUAAGUCCACGUGAACCUACUAGAACCAUGAAUCGGGAAAAUAUAAUUUCUGUAUCCCAAACAUCUUUUGUUCCCAAAACCAAUUUUUUCUUGGCUGUAGACAUAGUUUUAACUUUGUUGGACAACGUUUGAUUGAAUCCUGCAGGCCAACUUUCUUCAAAUUGAAUCAUGCUUGUUAACCCAAUUGCAACCGAUGCAUCAGCAUUGACUAGAUUAUUACACACUAAACCAGUUACCACUUCAAAUAUUGCAGUUAACAUUACCUGAAACAGAAAUUAAAAUAAAUUGUAUAUCGGCAGUGGUUGUCCCAUUUAUCUACAUAAUACAUAUGUUAAAGCUUUAAAAUCAAUUUAAUCACCAAAAUAAAUAGUUGUUAGUAUUGCCAGACACUGAAAUCAUUAUAUUAGACACCAACAUGAUUAUAAAGUGUGUUCUAUAUGCGAAUUUAUGGCCGAUAAAUACAUUUUGAGCCAUCUAAGGCGUCAUCUUGAAUAUCUUAAAUCGCUCAAGGGUGUCAAAGUGGCACCCUAUAUAAUAUCAUUAGGUAUCCCUUAAAGAAUCAGAAAAUGCCAUAAAACAUUGGGCGGACCUCACUUCCGGGUUUUCUUGAUCUGCCACCGGACUAUAUUCUCUGUUAGUCUGUGAGGCCUGUGAAGAGACAUGAUCAUUAUGAACUUAAUUAAGUAACUUUGUAUUCAAAAUACUUCUAAAUACUUGUUAUCCAGAAUGAUAAUGGCUACCAUGCUCACUCUUUAGUUCUUCCAGAAGUGUGUUGUUCUGCAAUGAGUUAGUUCAGGAGGUUCUCCUUAGACAUGGGGGUAUGUGCCAUUUCAUGACAAGUUCACCUGGCUGUAAGAGGCUGGUUUCCUGAAUUGUUUUGCUUCUGUUAGUUUGUUUUGGCAUGUGAUUGAAACUAUAUUUUUUUAACCACACUGAACAGGGAAGGACUCUAGAAUAACAGUUUAUACUGAUAAUCAAAGACCAAGAAGAGAAAUGUUGAUUCCCUGUGCUUUAGUGCGUAAUUAUACCCGAACAAAAAUCAUUUAUGAUGCUUGCAAAGUGCUACAAUGCAAAAAAUAACCUCCAGGUGAGAAACAGUGCUCAAAAAUAUUAUUGUAGAUAAAAAGCAAGCGAUAAGAGAACGGACAAGUGCUUAUAUGUAAUUACUAAAAUGAACAAACCCAUGUUACAAUUGACACAACUAAGGAAAGGAACAACUGUACAGAUAAGAUUGGCUGUGGCCUAAGACCCAUUGAUUAAUAAGAAUGAAAAGUGCUUUCAAAAGAACAAAUGAAUCAUAAAAGGCAUUAGAUUGAAUAAAGCAUUCAAAGUAAUUAUACUUAAACUAUGGAAUAUAUUGCAACUAGGACAGUACCAUAAAUUUAUUUUAAAGAAGCUUACAACAAAACUCGGGUAGCCUGCAAAACUAAUCAAGAGUACGUACAAAAUAAAUGUAAUAUAAGGCUAAUAUGCAUAUAAAAUAAGUACCAUGUUUUCUCGCACAAUCGUCGCACAUUUUAUUCUAAAAUCAAGUUUGAAAAGUAGGGGUGCGACGAUUAUGCGGAAAAGAUUUUUUUGUUAGGUAAAGUUAUUCAUGAAAACCUAACCCAUUCAUGGAAAGUAUGUUCAUUUAAAAAGUGAAGUUUAAAAGAGCACUCCAAACAAUUUAAAUUAAUAAUUCAUACAACAAAACCUUUCUUCAACUUUAAACCAAAAAAAAAAUCUGUGACGCGAACACAAGCCACUUGAAUCUCUAAUGUGAACUAACGCGUAACUAGUACACGCUUGACACGAAAGAAUGUGGGCCAUCAAAUGUAGUUAACACUGCUCUUGACAGAGAGCGCGCGUUGCAUGCAAGCGGCGAGAUAUUGAUAUUCGACUACGUGCGUACGCUCUAUACGGACAGCAACAUAACCAAACACGAAUGAUGCCAACUAGCUCUGGCUACAUGUUUAUAAACAGUACACCGCGGCGACGCAGUCGACCAGACAAAGGUUAUGACGUUUAAAAACUUCUUUAAAAGAAAAUUUACACGUCAGACAACUUCGUAUUUCUGUUAAUUAAAUAAGUAAGUGAUAAUGUCCGAAAAAAUAUUAGAUUUAUACUUUUAAAAACAUUGUUUUAUAUGGAAAAGAUACCUACACCACGGCGACGCAAAGGAUCAGAUAAAGGAAAUAACGUUUAAAAACGUCUUUAUUAGAAAAUUUACACGUCAGACAACUUAGUAUUUCCGUUAAUUAAAUAAGUAAGUGGUAAUGUCAGAAUAAAUAUUAGAUUUAUACUUUAAAAUACAUCGUUGUAUAAGGAAAAGAUACCUACACAAAGCGCUCGGCAUCUAAUAGCAGGACCAGAAACAUCAUGCAACGUUUACGCGAGAAGUUUUUUUAUCCCAAUUUUGACAACCUAAAAUAUGGGUGCGAUGAUUAUGCGAUAAAAGAGGGUAAGUUAUGAUUACCUACAUAAGAAACAAAUCAAAAUGUGGUUGCCCAGUUACAAUUCAUUAACGGGCUAUGAAACAAACAAAAGUGCAAGGCAAGCAAUAAAAAAAAGAAGCAGAAAUCAAGUUAUAAAGGUCAACACAUUAGUUACUAAAAAUUAUAUUUUAAAAAACUAAAAAGACACACUUAAAAUUUAAGUAAUUUGUUGACCAGUGAUGGAAUUAACUACAAUUCUGUUUAAUAAAAUAUUUUAAUACUUAAGCUUAAAAAAUACAACAAUUUUAAUAAAAAAAAGUGUGGGGUGCUGUCUCUUUUUUUUUUCAUAAUGGCCCUGUCCUGAAAAUAGAUGUUAGUGGUAGAAAAUUUAAGACAACUGAUUUCAAGUACCCCGUGCUUUUUUUUUUCAUUAAAAUUAUUGUUUUGUUUAUUACUUGAUUCUUAUUUUAAGCUUAUGUAUUCAAACUUUUCUUUAGGCAAAUUUUCGACCAUGCCUCGGACUCAUGGAUAUACAAAAAGCAUGGUUAUUGCUCUGCUAUCGCACAGGGUUGUCUAAGGCGACUGAUACUGAGUUUGGGCGCCACCACGUGAUUUGAGGGCACGUGGACCCGGCGAGACUCCUUUCUCGGGCCGUGAUGUCGCCCAAGUGCGACGAGACACACAACCCUAAUACUGCUUCGUUGGCCCCUAACACCCGCUCUCAGCGGCGGGCACGCUGGUACACUCGUGUAAUGCUCUAAUCUUUACCUAGGUGGGCUCAAGUCAUCCCACACGCCAGGUGACUACCCGGGGCAAACGUGACCGAAAUAAUAUACACUCGAGAUUCACACCUGAUAUUUAUUAAACAUUCCUCGUGUCUACAUUGUUCAUGCGAUGCGGAUAAAAAGCCAACGGCAAACAAUCGGUUUAGGAGGUGGGCCAGGUCACCACGUGGCCUGACCAAAGAAAUGAAACAAAGUUAAAUUUAAAAUGCUUGAGGAGCUUAAAUUUUUAUUGAAACUGUCUACCACCCGGAGUAGGCCUCGAAGACAGAAGAAAGUGAUUUAGAUUAAUAUAUGCGAAACUGAUGCUAAGGGAUCAGAUAUUACCAAACAAUGAUGUCGACGAUGUACGGGAGCGUCCAUCUCUGGGCGGUGGAAGAACAAGACUGACUGGUCAACAGGGUGUCAUGGCGUCUUCCAACCCUCGAGUUCCCGUUAGCUUGUUAACUUAUAAUUAAUCUAAUUACUAACAUAGUUUACCCUUUUAAAAAUUAGUAAUAAUAAAACAACAAUUUCUGAGACUUCCAUCUGAUUUCAUAACAAUACUAUACUUAAUAAAUUAUUGUCUAAAGAUUAUUCGUCGGUAGUUCCUGUAGCGGCCACGUGUGGCGCUGCGCAUUCCUUCCUGUGACUUAAGACUAAACACUGGGUGAAAUUAUAAAAGCACACAAUACAUAGCCCUUUAUUUCUUUACUUAUUAAUUAAUUACUAUUUUACGUUUCUGGGCCGUCGCACUGCCUCUAAUGCCUUCUGCGGCUCACACACGCAUGCACCCGUCACUGUGGCGGGCGGUUCAAACAGAGGGUGAUGGUGGGAGGGUGGUGGCGCUGGCGGAACAGGGGACACAUCGGGCUCAAGGGAGGGCGCAGCCCUGGUUGACGUCAGCUCAUAGCAGGAAAGUAGUGGUUUUUUGCCCCUUUGCCCCUCUUCACUCCUUUCUCUCUUCAGGUCAUAGUCAUGAAAUUAUUGUAUUGUCAUUUGGAUUAUAUAUACUCGUACAUGCAAAAUUUCAAAUUGAUAUGACAAUUAGAAGUAGGUUAACACUGACUUACAAGAUUUGAUUACAUAAUUUGUUGCUUGCAUAUUGGCAGACAAUCUACACUUAGGUAUUAUCAUAAAGGUCAUGAGGAUGAACCUGAAGUGUUGGGGUUUAUAGAUCUUUCUUUUAUGAACUGAAAAAAAAAAAUUAAGACAAAGUAUGCUAAGUACAAUUUAAUCACAAACAUUCUCAUUCCCUGUUUGGGUUACAAAUAUCUUAAAGCCCCACAUGUGAACAGCGCUCUGUGAACUGAAGGAGAUUGUCCCCUGAUAGCAAGACACUGGGUUUUGAUGGCUCAAAGGUUCAUUCGCACGAGGUGCUGAAACAGGAUAAUAUUACAAAAUUAAACUUUGUCAUUAAAAUUCAUUUCGUGUACAAAUUGUGUGUACCUAUUCUUAAGGGAGCCUUUCACAAACAAUAUUUUACAAACAUAAUUAUGUGUGGUGAUAUCUAAACACUUAGGGUUAAACUAUUUCAAUCAGACUAGCUUAACAUACAACACAUUCUGUGUUGCGACUAGGUUUAACAGAAUAAUGUUUUAGUGAAAACACUGCAAAUUGAUUAAAGGGCUCAAUGCUUACAUCACAACAAAGCCUCAUUUGUUUCUUCAAAGUUAUGUUAUAGACAAUGUGGCAGGCACAAAAUUUAUUUACUAUUAAAAAUUUAUUUACAAUAUUUACAAGGGGUGUGCAGGAAAGGAAAUUAAGCUUCGGAAAAAAUUCAGGUGAGAAUCAGAUUUCACUUGGGAAAUCGGGAAAAAUCGGGAAAAUACAUUAUAAGCUAUAAAGCAUGAGAGCAAACUUAUAAUUUUUGUAAUAUUUUUACCACAACAACAUUAAGUUCUAAAAAAAAUACCACACUGGUGAGUCACAAAUUUCAUGAACUAAACCUAAAGAAACUAAAUAAUAUAGAGACAUUCUUUACACUUAUGGGUUGCAUCAUUCAUCUUCGAGGAAAUGUUUGUGAUCUCUUUGGAAGACAGGCUUUUAGUAUAAUGUUGUUUUCAUGCAAGAAAACCAGUUAAUUCUGUAUGUUGAGUGGCUAAAGAUUCUUGCUUUGAAGACACUAUAUUUCCAGCGGAUGAGAAAACCCAUUCACAGGCAGUUUCAUUUUCUGGUAUUCCCAGAUAUGCCACUGCUAACUUGCAUAAAUUUGGCAGUAUCAUAUCAUUUUGUUCCAACCACUUCAGCGGGUCUCCAGUUCUCUCUAGUAGCGGCACAUUUAAAUAUGUCGUCACCUCUGUGUUUUGAUUAGCACCUAAGAAAGACUUUGCAUCCAAAUUAUCAAAUUCAUGCCAUAAGGAGGAGUGGCUAAAGUCAUUAGGUGGAUUCAGUUUUUUGAGUCCCUGCAAAAUAAAGAAAAAAAUACCUUAAACCUUUAAUAAACAUCUGAGAUGCUAAUUACAAGUAAGAAACCAGGUUGUUAGUCCAUUUAUUGCUGAAAAUAAUAAAAGCCAUACUGUAGGCCUAUUAACAGAUAUGCUAUGGACAGUAGAAUACCACCGAAUAACUUUUACAUCCAAAGACGAUUAAAUUUAGCAAAAGCUGCCCACAGUAAGAAUUUACCCCCUUUAUGUUUCUGUGAGAUGUACCAAGUUGUUUACAAAUUUUGAUUAAGUUGAUGUGUUAAUAUUAAACAAGCACUUUACCUGAUUCAGUGUCUUCUUUUAGAAAACUGUCAAGUUUUUGCUGUGAAGUGUUAACAGCAAGUUGUUUUUUAGGGUAGGUGAAGUUUCGAAAGUUCGAAUUCGAGUCAAACAUUUGUUUUAUCAGAAUUCGUACUUGAAAAAAUGAAAUUAUUCGAAGUUCAAAAAAUAGAAAAAAAAACAUUUCAAGAGUUUUUAAGCUAAUCUUUUACUAUACAUACAUUGCCUAAAGGUUAAAGAAUGCCUACGAUCAAUAACAUCAUCUUGGAGUUAACUUAGCAUAAUGAGAACACACACAUGAUAACCUAAGCCUAUAUGCCUGAUCAUUAAAACUAACCUCAACCAUAAUACAAAUAUGUUCGUUAUACUUUGUUCAACUUACAUUGGCUUAGAGUAAAAUAAUUGUCUGUAUCAUAUUUUGCUGAUAAAAUGGCUAAUAGAAAUUCCCAAUGAAUUAUUUUCAUGUUUAGAAGCGUGCCAGAUUCAUUCCCGACUUCGGUAUUAGUCUUAAUCUUCCCCCACAACAGCUCUUUUUCCAUGCAUAAAUUACGUCAAUAAUGAUUUAACGUGAUAUAAUAUCAACAACAGACUUAUAAAACUGCAGUUACGGCACUGAAUCCAAUGAAAUAAGAUUAUUGAAUAAAAUUCAUUUAUAAAUAAACGGGGAAAAUAUUCCAUGGAUGGAACAGUAGAAAAAAUGAGUUCCGUGAAUAAUCGUAAACAAAGAUGGCAACCAUAAAACCACUCCGUUUUUCACCCAUACACUUUCUACACUUCUUAGGCCGGGCCUGCUUUUGUGCAAAGAGUAAAGAUAUAUUUUUUUUUACGUUGGAAAGAAUGUAAUAAACAAUAAGUAAUUUGUCUCUAAACGGCUGUGCGCGUAAGCUGAAGGCCAAAAUUAAAAAAAAAAAGUUUAUAUUUACCUUUAAUCGUUCUUGUUCAAUAUAAUAAUAACGUAGAAAGUUCAGCCGGCCGUAUAAAAUAUUACCAUUCAGUAUUUAGUUGUAUACAAAUAGCAAAUGUUAGGCCGGGUUUAUAGAAAACGCAAGAACGCAGAAACGCAAGAAACGCAACUACGGUAAAAGUCCAACCUUAACUCUUCUACCAGCUCGUUUAUAAAAAACGCAAGACACGCAAUAACGCAAGAAUGCAACGCAGAAGUUGCUCAACUUUCUACUUCUUGCGUUUUCUCCUUGCGUUUCGGCCUUCUAUACUGGUUGCUUUAGUAUGUGGAAACUGAAACUGUCAUGUAAUGCAUAUAGAAGGCUCUGCGAUUGUAAUCGUUACGCUUGUGUUUCUUUAUUUAUGUUUUGGGCUGGCAUUCUUCUAGUGAAUACAGCGCAAUGUAGGAAGCUGAUGAAUUUCUUGUUCAGCUUAUCCACAAUUUUCCCUGCCUGUACGAUAAGUACAACAAAAAUUUUAAAAAUAAUCAUGACUUAUUCCUGAAAUUUUAUUUUUUGACGUUGGCGAUGGCCGGCGUCCUUGCGUUUUUUAUAAACGACUGUGAAUUUCUUGCGGUUGUCGCGUCCUGCGUUCUUGCGUUUCUGCGUUCUUGCGUUUUCUAUAAACCCGGCCUUACACGACUAAGUUUUUGGCAAUGGUUCAAAUGGCCUAAGUUAAUGGAGAAUGUUGCGUUGAUGUUUAAGUUAUGUAUUAGCAAACGUGUGUGAAAGAUUUUUAGCAGUUUACAUUAUUUGUAGUUGAUAUCCAAAUAAUGGAAGAAAGCACUUCUGGUUUAAAUCAGGGGCCGCCUGCCAAAAAACCAAGAAGUCCUAUUCGGUUGUUUUUUACCAAGAGUGCCAAUGGGAAAGAUGCAACUUGCAAAGCAUGUCAAAAACAUAUAAAAUUCCAACAGGUACUACUACAACUCUACAAAAUCAUCUGAAACAGCACCCUGUACAAUUAAAUUAACUAAAAAGUCAUGAAAAAUCUGUCACAGUGAUAAAAGAAGAAAAUCAGUUGUCCCUGAAAUGUGCUUUCCAGAAGCAUUUGCCAAUGAGUCCAGACAAUCCAACAGCAAAGAAGAUAACUAAGGCAAUUGCCGAGAUGAUACCCAUGUGUUACUUACUCUAUGAGUUUGUGGAAAAUAAAAGAUUUUUAAAUUUAAUGAAAGUAGCUGUGCCCAACUAUAAAGUUCCAAGUCAAAAUGCAUUUUCAAGGAACCACAAACUAACACUGUACACAGACAUCAAGGGCACAUUACAGACACCUUUAAAUUCUGAUCUUGCAAUGAUUGCUUCCUUGUCACUAACUACCCAUGCAUGGACAUCAAGGGCACAUGAUGGCUAUAUUAAGCUGACAUGCCAUUACCUGAGACCCAAUUUCGAGAAUGUGUCAUUUACAAUGAACACUUUGCCACUCAAUGAUGCUCACUGUGCUGAAAAUCUGAAGAAAACCUUGCAACAUGGUAUUUCUGAAUGGGGUAUCCAUACCUGCCAACCCUCCCGCUUUUGGCGAGAGUCUCCCGCUUUUGUGUGUAGCCUCCCGCCCUCCCGCUUUUGCCUUUGAAUCUCCCGCUUUUGCUUCCUUUCGCUUAGCGGCACUCGAAAUGGCCGGUAUCAGGUUUCAAAGUUAUGUUUCUCCAUGUGCUCGGCGCUGCGCUGUGGCGCUCGCACAGCUGUCUCACAGCUCGGCGAUCGGUAACAUUCGUCUCACUUCGGCUAGAACACGAAGGGCGUAAGCCAACCCGUAAUCAGCGCUUAAAAUAAUUCGCCAAUAGAAAUCUUGCAUUCUUGACCUUCUUACAUGCUUUGUGCAGCUUGGGUUUUUUUUUUAGUUGGUCAUCUAUGGUAGUUCGUGUCGUGAUAAAUAUCAAUAUGUUCACAAAAUAUAUUGCAUGGCGAAUGUGUUUAUGAAAUGAAUUAUGCGGUUAAAGCAGCAAGUAAGGUUCCAUACCUCAAGUAACAUGGUGGAAAAGAAAGUGACUAAAUACUUGACUGUGUACAAUAAAGCUUACAGUGACAAGUUUCCUUGUAUUUUAACUUCCAAAAAAGGAGAUCAUUUUGCUUUUUGUUCGCUGUGUCGUAGUGACUUUGCUGUAUCGCAUGGGGGAAGGUGGGACGUCGUGAAACACAUCCAAACCAAGAAACAUCAAGAUAAUGUACGCUGUGUUGAUGCAAACAAGAAGUUAAGCUUUUGUGGCAGUGCAAGCCGGCAAGAAGAAAGUGUUACGAAUGCCGAGUGCUUGUUUACGUGUUUUGUUUUAGAACACAAUCUCCCUGUUAGUUGUUCAGAUCAUGCUGGGUUGUUGUUUCGCAAAAUGUUCCCUGAUAGCGCUAUAGCUCAACAAUUUGGCUGUGCACGUACAAAAACGUCAGCAAUUAUAUCUGAAAUGGUAAAAACGGAAGAAGAAAAACUUGUGCAGACGUUAAAAAACGGUGCAUUCUCUGUGGCAACAUAUGGGAGUAACGAUAGCGAUUCAAAGUUAUACCCCGUUGUUGUAAGUUAUUACAGCAGUGAAGAAGGUAAGGUGGAAAGUUCAGUGCUUUGUGUACCUGUACUGUCUGGAGACUCUACUGGAGUUAAUAUUGCAGCAUUGGUCAUACAGUCUUUGAGGUCACGGAAUAUUAAACUUCAAAAUUGCAUAUCAUUCAGCACUGAUAAUGCUCCUGUAAUGAUAGGCUUGAAAAACGGGGCAGCAACACACUUAAAAAAAGAAAUGCCCAAUUUGUUUGUUGCGGGUUGUGCUUGUCAUUUAAUCAAUUUGGCUGCAGAAAAGGCAGCAGCAACUCUUCCUUGCAAAGUUGAUGAGAUAUUAGUAGAUAUUUAUUUUUAUCUUGAAAAAAGUGCAAAAAGGAAAGAUAAGUUAAAAGAAUUUCAAGUAUUGCAUGACACAGAUGUAAAAAAAAAUGUUAAAACAUGUUUGCACUCGCUGGCUCUCGCUAGGGAAAUGUUUGUCAAGAAUGCUGCAACAGUGGUUGAGGUUAAGUCUUCACGUCCACAUGAGAAGUCGGGACAAUUAGAUUCGUACAGGAUACCAAAAAUGUCCAAAGCUGCCUCUUCUGAUAGCCAAACUUCAGUUAAAUGUUCUAGCUUGAAACGAAGUUCUGAAUCACCAGUUCCAGAUUCAAAACUAACAAAAUUCCACCCUGCACAAAAAAGUGGAAAUAGUUCAUGUAAUCUUUCAAGAGAAGAGAGAUUAUUGAUGUUCCUUACACGGCAACUAAAUAAAUAGUUUUGUCUGUUCCUUCAGAAUGCAUUGCCAGUAUUUGAAAAACCAAAUGUGGUUUUGCAAUCACAGAAACCACAAAUUCACUUGUUACGCUGUAUUCUAAUAGAAUUGUUCAAAGAUGUCAUUACAAGAUUUGUGAAACCUACUGUUGUUAAAAACUCUUCAUCAUUGUUGGAGGUUGACUAUCACAAGAGAAUGAACCAAAAAGAAGAUAAUGACAUUACAAUUGGAAAUUCUACUUCUAGGGCAGUGUGUGACCUUAAACCUGAAGAAAAGUAAAUUUUUUACUCGUCUGUUAGGGCGUAUUUUGUACGUGUAUGUGAUUACAUGCUUCACAAAUUUCCCUUCAAUGAUAAGGUUUUAAUCAAUGCUGAGGUAGCCCAGAUUAAUGUUUGUAAUGCAUCAUUCUCCAGUUUGACAUUUUUUGUAAAUAAAUUUCUAUUCAUGUUAAGGCGAUUGGUGCAUGUAAAAUAUUACGACAAAACUAAUUUAACUGUACAUAUUUGUUUUUGAUGCUUCUUUUUAAGACAUAAUAUACCUAGGAUAUUUUUAAUAAACUUUUUUUUACUGAGUUAUGUCAUUUUAAAUGCAUUUAUUUUUAUUCCAAGCCAGAAUUAUUUAGAAAACACAUAAUUAUGUUAAACUUAAGUAUAGUUCAAGAAACGAGUGUACGAAUAGGUUUCUGCACAUAUAAAAGUAAGAAGAAAAAAUUUUCUUCGUCAAAAUUACAGUUUAAUAUUGACAAUUUCCAUUGAUCACUGCUGGACUACUUCAGGAGCGAUUUAAAGAAUAAAUUUAAAUGAAAAUGAAAACAUAAUUGGCAGAACAAUAUUGAGUUAUGUAUAUAUUUUCAUAUCCUUUUGUUUUUGAUACGAUCCGACUCAAAACAUGCCCUCUGGAGUGACAGUUCUAGUGCUGCGUGUAAAACUCUCGCCGCCGGGAAGAAUGUCCCCGCGACGUGGCGCUGAGGGCGGCGCUUGUCGGAACCAGGUAGUCCGGCGGAGCUCCGGCCGGCGGGCCGCAGCCUGCGGGUGGGGAGGGGGAAGAAUGGGGUGUAGAGGGAUGACGAGAGAGGAGACCGAAGAAACGGUCUGUCAAGGUCGCGCUCAUGGAGCUAAUAUACAGUAAUACAUCUGGAGAGGACAAGGGAAGACAAGCAGAGGAUGCGAAGUGAAGACGGGUAUCGGCUUCCUACGCUGAAAGAAAAUGAAAAAGACCCAAACACGCCUCGCGCGGCCGAAGAAUCUUCCAAACUAAACUCGCAACAGCUCCGAAACUAUCAAAACAAUCAAACUGAAAAUUUUACUGGAGUAUCUAUAAACAUUUUUCCCCACAUCGCUUUAAUAUUUUUUUCGAAACAUGAAAGCUUUCAUUUUUAAAAAUUAAAUACUUAUUUACUGCCAAAAUUUUUUGUGAUUACGCAGAGUAAAUUACAACAUCGAGGAAAAAUUUUUGUUUGCAAUUGUAAGUGGGGGACACUAGCGUAUGAAAUAAGGAAGAAGCCUCAAAUUUUAUUUAUAUACCCCUUUUGGCGCAUUCAACCCCAUACUUUUAUUUUUACAGAGAGUUGAAGUGGUAAUAAUGUUUCAGUGGGUAACACUACCGACAUAUGUCUUCGGAACGCACUUCUUUUUGUUAUUAUACAUCUCAAAAUUUAUAAUUUCAUACACAAUGUUUAUAAAAACGAAUUCUUACUUACCUCAUUUAAUGUAUUACAAACCUCUAGUAAUAUACGUGUAUUAGUAGAAGAACAAACGUAACAUGCAAACCUUAGGUAAACACUGGUAGAGAAUUGUUUGGAAUAACUGUAAUGCUAUGCAUAUACUGACAAUGUAAGAAACUUCCAAUUUUAUUAAUUGUUUGCAUAAGAAUUAAUAAUUUAAAAAAAAUCAUAGAAUAGGCCUUUAUAGACUGAAAACCUUUCACGUAGUUUCAAGUCGCGUACAUAAAAGUUUUUUAAUAUAUAUAAUUACCAAAUAUUGUCGAAUAUAUUUAACAUUUUUAUACAUGUUACAACACACAUAUAAUAACAAACCUAUAUAGUAUAUAAAAAGACAAACGCCAAAUUUUAGCAUUUUGUAUUUCUUUUCUCUGUGUGAAUAAAAUAACAGUUCUUAACGUAGUUGCUAAUACUGUACUAUAUUUCUAAAAAAAAAUUACGAAAACCCCUGACAUCGUCACCAUAACAAUGAUAAAUUUGCAAAAUAAUUAAGGCACAUUUUUUAAUGCUACGAAGCACACUCUUAAGAGAAAUGUUUUAAACUUAUGUUGGGAUGUAACUAAUAUCUUAAAAGCAUUCUGAAACCGUUACUUUGAGGGAAACCUUAAUAUACCGAACACCAUACCAUCCUUUAAUCGAGUACGAUUUUCGCUUCUUAAGACCCAUUUGUCUUCAAAAUGCACUGUACUGUGUAAGUAAUAAAUCAGUCUUAAAAUCAGUUAAUUAUUUUAUCUUCCUAUUUCGUAUUCUAAUUGAAAUAAAUAUCAGAUAAGCAUGUGUUACUUGUAUCACGACAUCAAGGUAUUAUUUAUCAGUAAUUAAUAUUUCAUUUUAUUUUUUUGUUAACUAAUGUGCAUAGGGCAGUGCACUAGACAUCACUACCUGUGUGUAGUGUUGCGUUACACUUUUUAACGCAUUAGAGUUUACAUAAAAUGAUAAAUUCAAAAUUUCGUUUAAAAGUAUAAAUAUCAGCGAUCAAUUUAAUUAAUGUCCAGUAUUAGUAUAACUCAGUCAGUAAAACAUUCGGAAAUAUGUAUAGGACCUGUUAACCUAAAUAUUUGUUAACAGUUAAACUGAACUAAGAUGUGUUAGAGUGGUUUUUUCUCUGUCCGUAUAUUAGAGGUAUGGAACAUCAAUAAAUAUAGUUUAAAAAACUAAAGAAACAUGCUUUUAAAGAUUAUCAAACUAAAAAGUUAAAAAUAAUUUUAAAAUUUAAUUUAUGACAAUAGUAUAUAAGCAAUACUAGUAUGAAUGAGAAAAAAAACUUGAGGCGCUUUGUGCCAUAUUUUUUGUAUAUUAAGAGCCCCAUGCUUUUUUCUCAUUUAUACUAGUGUUGCUUAUAUACUAUUGUCAUAAAUUAAAUUUUAAAAUUAUUUUUAACUUUUUAGUUUGAUAAUCUUUAAAAGCAUGUUUCUUUAUUUUUUAAACUAUAUUUAUUUUUAACUUUUUAGUUUGAUAUUCUUUAAAAGCAUGUUUUUUUAGUUUUUUAAACUAUAUUUAUGUAUAAUUAUCAUAGGGAAAUGAGUUACCGACUACCUAUUACCAUCUGAGAUAACUAUUUGGAGUUGCAACGUCACAAAGAAAUGGUAAAGUCUCUCCGAAUCAUUUACAGUUAGAUGUGUGGAUAUAAUCUUAGAAUUUACCAGAAAAAAAAAAAACAUUUUUUUUUCCGGCGUGGCCGGGAGUAGAACCCACGAUCGCUGAAUACGAAAGCUGACGUCUCAGAAGUUGCCUUAGACCGCUCGGCUAACGAACGUGAUGAAAUUGGUAGGACAUUUUACAGUGAUGAGCCACUCACUCUUAGUCGAAAGAGUUACAGACGGACAGACAAACAAACAUACAGGUGAAGCUAAUAUAAAGCAUGUAAUAAAAUACGCAUCUGUCACCCAUUUACUUUAAAUACAGAAUUAUAAACUACAUAUUGUGAAAACAUUCUGCAGCAGUUUUUGCUGAACGGAAAAACACGGAUGAGAAGACAGACAAAAUGUGUUUGGUAAGUGAUUUUUUGUCAAAUGAAAUGGAACAGGACAGUGCUUAUCAGAAUGAAAUUACAGAACUACUUUUGUGCAAGGAAAUGUAUUUUACAAAGACAUUUCAAGAGAAAUCACCUUUAAAUGAAAUAGAUCUUGCUGACAUGGAAGAAAUAGUCUUAGAUUUAGAGGCCAGGUCCCUUUCAAGUGACGAAAUUUCUCUUGAAGGGCUGAAAUAUGUUUCUGGCUAUAUAGCUCAUCGUUUCAGAAAUAAAUAUCCUGACCUUGGCCCUACGGAUUUCAAUUCAGAGGACGAUAGCUGGAUACAUGUACAAUCAAAGGGUAACUUAAAAUGUCCCACUAAUGAAUUUUUGGAAUUAAUAAAGAUCGCUGAAAUGUGUUUUGAUAAUGUUCAUGGCAACAAUUUGUGCAAAAAAGAGUGGAUUUUUGAAUCACUGACUAAAAUUAUUUGCGGAACUACUGAAAAUAAAUAUCCAGAAUAAGUUAUAUACUGUUUUGUCAGGACAAGAACGUAUAUGCGUAUCAAGUAUUUGAACAUGAAAUAUUUUAACGAACAAGACCAAAAACGCAAAGAAAGAAAUAAGAUGAGGAAAACUACCCUCUAAGAUUUUUCAGUGUGAUAGUGUCCACUUUCCUUCACCAUAAUAUGUAUGUUCAUAAUUUAUUUACGAUGUUUUUUAAUUACUAUAUUUAAGAAAAGCAUUUAUUGUGAAUAUCGCAGCAAUUAUGUAGGGCUUAAGGUAUUUAUUGUAUUCCAAAUAUUGAGUAUGCCAUUUUUAUUGCCUUUAUUAAAAAUAAUAUAUAUGUUAACAAUGUAACAAAAUUGCGAUAUUUUUGUAUUGCUAUUGCAAUUUCGUUUCUUGUAAACAUUAUUGUAGACUUUUUCAUAUUGAAAUUAAAUUUGCUAUAGGGUUGUUUGUAUUUUAAUUUUACAGUUAUAAGAUUUUUUAUAUGUUGUUUACUGUUAACAAACAUUUGAAAAAUAUUUCAUUAACCAUAUUUCAAUUUCCAUGGCAAUAGUCUUGUUAGCUUUUCGGGUAACUCUUCUACAUGGAUGAUAAGAUGGUGUGACAUCUAAAACAUAUCACACCACCUUUACAUAACUAUAAAACUAAGAGGUGUUUUCUUUACAUAAUAUUAAAGCACAAUGUUUCCUUGUUGCGUAGGUGAUUUAUAAUUUCCAUUUAUCUAGAAAAAUGGGCUUUCAGAAUGUUUUUUAACACACAGUGUUUCGGAAGGUUUUUGAAGAAAAAAAUUGACUACCCGUUUUAUUUUUUUGCAGCUGAAUUCGGGCACGUGCAUGAAAUAUAAUUAAUCCGUAGGAAGCGCAAUGGUUUAAAGUACAGUAAGUCCUCUAUUUACGUCGUACCGAUUUACGUCGUUUCGGAUUAACGUCGCUAAUGUUUGAGUACUCAUGUUUCAAUUUAAGUUGUCGCCGAUUCACAAUAACGUCGUUUACAAUGAUCGUAAAUCUUUAUUUUAAACAAAAAACCGUAUAUAAUUCGUUUAUAAUUCUUUGUUUCCUUCGGUAGUUAAUUUAUGCUAUGUAGCGUAAGCUACACGUUCACCGCUUUAUCUUAUCAUACAUCAUGAGGGACGCUUCCUGCUCUCCGCUGCUCUCCGCGCGGUGAUGCAAUACUACCAGCCCGCCCGCUCAGCCACCCACGUAACUCGCACGUAGAAGUGUUAUCUACUUCCCGCAACGACACAGCAUUUUCUCCUACCCCUUUUCGUCCAACUCUUUGGCACUUCAGUAGAGGUGUAAAAGUAACUAAAAAAAGUGUACCCGUAUGUAUUCGUUACUAUAACAAUUAGUACUCGUUACUUUCGUAUCGUUACUCGUUACUUCUGAUACCGCAUAACAUCCUAUGUUAUGUAACAGCAACAAAUCGAGUCGUAUUUCGUACGCAUACAGUAUGACGUCGCGUAAAUAAUAAUAAAUCAAAUGUAAACAAUUAAAAGUAUUUGAUAAUUAACAGCUUUUGUUAACCAAGAAACAAUAAAAUCUCAUUAGAGCAGUUUUAUUAUAAUAUCUCUUUUAAGAUAAGAACAAAAAAACGUGAAAAUACGCGAUAAUAAAAAACAAAAACAUACAUAUUUAUAAUUUGUAAAAAAAAAAUACUUUCUUACGUUGUUUCUGUUCCAAUCUCAAACUUUGUCUACACACACAAUACCUUUAAUAAACAGUAAAAAACUUGGACGACGAAUUUCCAAAUUAUACUUUUCUUAAUAAACAAACAUCGUUCUUUGUAACGAAUAAGUGCGCGCAUGCGUAAAACAUACGAAAAAUGCGAGUAACGAAAUGCAUUCGUGUGUAACGUUUCGUUACUCGUUACUAGAUGCCGCACCCGUUACUCAGUAACGAAUACAUACGGUUUGCUACAGCUCUACACUUCAGUCGCUAUGAUAUCAUUGAGUUGGCCGGAGUUUUAAACGUGCCGUUGUUAAUUUUAUCGUGAUUAAAUGCGUUUGUAGUAGGCCUACAGUAUCAGCUCACUGCAAUUUAUGAUUUUUUCUUCAUAAGAUGUCUUCCAAACGACUAUAUAUUUGUUUUUAUAUUUCAAUCAAUAAAGGUAAUAAAGCAGCUGGUUAAAUAACCAUUCUAUAAAGCUGAGAAGUACUAGUUGGACUUGUUUCCCACGCUGUCGGUUGUAAUUUGCUGAUAAAAUUGCCCGUUGUCACGCCUGUAUGCCAGCGCUUCCGGCCGACCUUGGGCCGUGGUCGGCCGGUGGAUGAAACAUGGUUCAUUUUGCGUCGUUUCUAUUUACGUCGCGGUUUUCAGGAACGUAACCCCGACGUAAACCGAGGACUUACUGUAUUGAUGUUGAAGAUUUGAAAAGAUUUAUUGAAACAGUGUGAGAGAACGAGUGAGUUGAGUGAGAAGAUGUGCACUCUCAGCCACAUGACGUGCGCAGUUGCGAACAAAUAAAUAAUCCAUUCCGCCUCUCCAUGGCGAAGGAUGAGUGAAAGAGAAAACCUGAUAACCCCUUCCCCUCCUCCGGGCACGAUAGAACCGUAUCGGCUGUGUGUUAGAGGGAGAGGGAGAUAAAACCUUCGAGGUUCUGUUAAUUCCUCCUAGAUGGCAGGCCGCAGAGCGACCACCAGCAACACCCUUACCGUAUGAAGGCCAUCUCGCCACUGACGAGCUGGAACUAAGCUCCUGACCUCCCUACAUAGUAACAGUCACCCACAUAGGCAUCUAGACUCUUUAAUGAUCAUAUGAUACAAAAUUCAUUGCUUUCGGGCCUGUGACCUGUUUUUACUGUGCACCAAUCGCCUUAAGUUAUGAAGACCAGGUUUUAGAUUCUGCCAUUAAGGAUUUGCAGUCGGAGUUUUGUCAGUUUCAACUUGAAGAUCUAGAUGAAGCCAUCAAGAAAGAAGAAAGGAUUGAUAUUCAGUGGAGUUUGGUGGGAAAAAUUAAAAGUGCAUCUAGAAGUUUGAAGUAUGAAAAACUGUCUAAGGUUAUUCUGGCAAUUUUGACAAUUCCCCACAGCAAUGCUGAAUCUGAGAGAAUAUUCAGCCAGGUACGAAAGUCAAGGACACAUUUUAGGUCAUCCAUGUCUAAUGAGACAUUAGACAGAUUGAUGGUGGUAAAAUCAAGGCAACAGGGAUGCUGCUAUGAACAAAAAUUUGACUCUGCUUUCCUGAAGAAAGCUAAAUCUGCAACCAGAGAAAGCUUGAAGAAGUAAUUUAUCAGUCAAGUUAAAACUACCUGUAAGUUAAGAGUUAUAUUAUCUAAAUUAAUUUUUGCCAUUGAUUGUUAUUUGGUAUCCUGUGUGUUUUUCUUUGAGUUUGGUGUUGAAACAAACUUGCCUCUAGAAAUGCCAAACUGUAUUCUGUGGUGGUUACUUGCGACAAUAAUGAGAUACAAAAGUUUGAGAGUUCUGUGUUGUGAAUUUCUAUAUUGAAUAGUGAUUUCAUUGCUUUAAAUAUUGCCAAACUUGUAUUGGAUUAAUUUAGAUCACGGAGCAUUGCUUUCCACAAUGCUCCAGUGGGUGUAAAAAAUGGUGCAGAAAAUAGUUCUUAAAAAUAGCAACUAGCGCCAUAAAAAUAUAAAAAUUUCCACCAUCUAAUUUUCAAUUGUUACUUCGAAAAAUGGUUAAAUAGCACCAUUUUGCACCUUCAAAUCAAAAUUUUCCCGGGGGAGGGCACCCGGACCCCCCACUUUAUUUGAGGAACCAAGUAUUUACUCCACUAAAAACCUCCCUCUUUUUGACUAACCAAGGUUGUCAGGUAUGGGUAUCAGUCUUGAAGGCAGUAUACCUAUAUACUGCGUCACAGACAAUGCUGCUAAUAUCCGUGCAGCAGCUGGAUCUUUAUUCAUCUCACGACAGUGUUUCGCCCAUUCAUGGCAGUUGGCUAUAAGUGAUGCCAAAACUACGUGUCCUAGUGUAAACAUUCUGGGCAAAUCAAAAGCAAUAGUUGGACAUUAUAGUCGCAGCAUGCAAGCAAGAAAAGACUUCAUGCCCAGAUGGAAUAAAUGAAGCUUCCUGUGCUGGAAUUAAUUCACUAUGUCGAUACCAGAUGGUGCAGUGAAUACCAAAUGUUGUCACAUCUCUAUGAAGUUAGGAAGGCUGUUGCAGCAGAACUUGCAAACUCUGAUAACAAUAUUGACAUGUUGACACAGUUGGAAAUGAAAAAGUGGCAGGAAUUAUUGAAAUUCUUGGACCACUUGCUGAAGCUACAAGUUAUUUCAGCGGGGAAAAUUAUCCAACAUCAUCACUGUAAUUCCAAUUCUCCAUUGUUUAAACACACAUCUAGUUGACUACAUUACAGCUAAGAAGUCUCUCAAAUCUAGGUUCGGCCUGUUUCAGUCAGAUGCUGUAUAUUGAACAGCAAUGCUUUGCGAUCCUAGAUUCAAAAGUGCAUUGCUCAACAUUGUACUUGUUUCACUUACCCUUUCUAAAGAAGUUAAAAACCUUUCUCGGAAUGAACCUGAGAGAUCUGAUGAAAUCAAACCUUCAAGUUCUGGACUUGGUUUAUGGUCAGCGUUUGAUCAGAUCCCAAAUAAACAAUCAACAAACGAUAAUGAGGUAGAUUGUUACCUGAAGGAACCAAGGAUACCAAGAGAAAACAAUCCUUACUUUUGGUGGAGAGAUGAAGGAAAACUUAAAUAUCCUAAACUGGCAAAUGUUGCUCUGAAGUAUUUAAGUAUUCCUGCCACAAGUGUAUCAAGUGAGUGGGUAUUUUCUUCCUCCAGAAAUGUGGUGACAGCAUGUCGUCAAUCCCUGACAUCUCAACAUGUGCAGGAACUAACAUUUUUGCAUGACAAUUUAAAUCAAUUUUGAAAAAUAUUUUCUGUCACCAAACUUGUAGUUUAUUAUGUACUUUAAUAUUUAGAAUUUCUUGCAUUUAAAUGUGCAUAUAUUUUGUGCAUCUGUGAAUUACAUUUAUUUUUUAUAUUCAACCUAGCUUGUAGGUUUUAAGAUUUUUACAUUUAUUAUAAAUAAGAUUGUUGCAUUGUUUGGUGUUUGCAUUUAAGAAAUUCUUUGAUUUGGCCUAGUAUUCGAUAUUCAAUUUGAAUUCGGGAAUAUUUAUAAAAAUUUGCUUCGAAUUCGCUUCGAAACGAAAAUAUCUAUAUUCGUCCACCCCUAUUGUUUUUUAUUGGCAGGUAUAACAACAGCCUUGAAGCGUGGGUCUAACAACAUUGCUGUAAAAUAUGGCUCUUGCCUUUGAUAUAAAGGAAAGCGUGCCUUCAGUCCAACAUGUAAUGCCCUACAAAAUGUGACACCAGACCCAACUUCACUAGAAUGAGUUUCAUUGUAGUUAUUCAAAAAGGUCGCAAUUGAAAACAUAAUUGGAAUAACCAUUGAAGCUGUUGGUAUCCUUUCUCCAGAAAGUUCUUCUGUGGCUUCAUGCAGUGGUUUAAUAAGUUUUAUGUAACCUUCAACAAGUCGCCACUCACACUAAGAUUGUCAACAUUUAUCUCUGCCAGAUGUCUCGUGAGAACAAGUUUGUUUUUAAGUAGCUUGUCAAGCAUGAGGUAACUCCGAAUUACAUCUAGUCACACAGUCUUGAAUUAAUUCUGAACUGUCUAGUCCUAUUUUUUUUUUUUUUUUAAUUUUGUGAAAUUUUGAAGUUGCUGAUGCCCUUUGCAUGUAAUAACCUACAAUACCACUAGCCUGUUUUAUCAUCCCUCCCAUUCCUUCGUGAGAUUUUUUUAGCAUCACUAAGAGCAAGCUGUAAGUUAUGAACAAAACACUGCAAGUGUGUCGGAGGUGCUUUGCAAAGACUAGACCGCAAAUUGAUGUUUCUCGCAUUGUCACUAAUAAUAAACAGUGGAAUACAUGUACUGAUGUUAUUAAUAAUGUUCCACUCAAUCCAAAAUUUCAGUAAUUUUGUCACCUAUUGCUAAUGCUGUGUGGCUCUGUGAAAAAUUAACACAGCCAAAACAGUACUUUAUAAGAGCGAAGUUGUUGAUUAAAUGACAAGUUAAUGCCAAUAAAGCAUCCUCACUGCGUGAUGUCCAUAAGUCACAAGAAAAUGACAUCGACUGAACAUUAGCAGUGGCUUAAGAAAGUUCCUCAGAGAUUCUCGUUUUCACAGAAGCAUAUAAGUUUGUAAUUUUGUUCCUGGAGAAUGUGGUUCUGGAUGGUAUUGUGUAGAACAGUUGAGCUGACUGCAUGAGUUUCUGGAAACUGUACGGCAGGAUAGAAUCAGUCCACCAUUCAGCAAUGUUUCUUGUCAUUAGUUUUGCCUUUGGAUGAUGAGACCAGUGGUAAGUAUCUUCAGUACGUUUUUGUUUUGAUGGGCCUGGUGGUGAAGCAUCAGUAUUUACAGGCAGUGGUUGUUACAGUUCUUGCUGCGUUUCAUAUUCUUUCUUCUCAGUUGGGUGUUGUGCAAAUGCCUUAUGAGACUUAAUGUGCUACCACAGCUCUGUUUUAAGACUUACUGCACGUCUUGCAUUUGGCACUUAGUUUAUAGUUGUUUCUUGCAAUGUAGUUCCAGAUUGGUGUCUUUUCGUCAGCCACGUUAAACAUUAACUAAAUAAAUAAAACCAUAACAUGGAACAUGAUCUACUGCCGCAAGUAAAUUUUACAUCAUCAUUGUGAGUAAUAAUACCUACUCGUGUAAAACCCCUCUAAUUUUGUAGACCUCAAGUUACCCUCAGAAGCAGUAGCAAUAAAAUUUAAUCCUAUUUUCACUACGUGUGUGGAAAAAAAAAACUAUAGUGCUGCCAUCUCUUGUCGGCCGUAGCGUAACCCCGCCCCUUAGUGACGCACUGGCAAAUCACAAUAGUCCCUGAUGAUUUUCAUUAAUUUAUUUUCUCGAUUUUUCAAUCAAACAAGAUGUUAGAUUUUUCGAUUUAAUUCAAGUAAACACCAUAAUUAAUACAGAUAUAAAGUUCAAAUUAGUGUUAUUAUACACAGGAAAUAAUAAAGUGGUAUACUAUUAAAAUAAUGUCUCUUUCAGCACUGCAUUUCAGGCCAUUCAUUGCCUGCUUAUUUAUUUUUAGUUUUAACAAUCAUAAUAUACAUAAUUUUCUGGGGAUUAUUUUUAUCGGAAGAAGUGGAAUUUUUAAAUAGUUUAAGUAUUAAACUUGCCAUUUUUCAUAAACAUUUGUUGUCUUUUCUUUUGUUGUAGGUCAAAUGGCACGCUGUUUUUAAUAGAAGCUGAAAUGUUUUUGCACGUGAGCAAUUUUAUGUUUUUCCCGAAAAUACCGGUAAAAAUAUUAUUCCCUCCCGAUUGGAAAAAAAGUAAUGCCCUCCCGAAGAUUUCCAGAUAGUCGGGAUCCUGCACACCACUAAUAUUUACUACAAAUUAUAGUUUGCUUCCCGUACCAAUACUGUCAAAGUUAUUUUCUUUGAGUACGAAUUUAAUUUUUCGUAUAGGACUGACUCACGUGAAACCGUGCUGAUGCUUGCGGGCAGGUACUCGUCAUCACUUGCCUUGCAUUGCUGUAGCAGCCCUUCCCAGGCCACGCCAUGACUGAUGACGUCGUCAUCCCUGGUUCUGCCUUAGGUUGCUGCUUGGAACUCGAGCGACUCGCGCGCGUGAUUCGGCCCCUGGUGUUGCGAUGUUCACCGGGAGCAGGGACUUCAACUGCACCCUUCUGGACUCCGAAGGCAUUAAUUGUCCAGAGGCCCCAAGUUGUCUCCCAGAACCUGUUGCACCUCUUGAGCUGGGCGGCUGCAAUCCACUCAUUCGCCGGCAUCCCACUUCAGAACGAUCUGGUGCUGACUCUCCCCUGGUGCAGCCAUUGGUUGACAAGUAGUGUUUCAGGCUUGCUCGCCGGCGACGCCCGCUUUGUUGUGACUGCUCCUGACUCGUUACAGGGCUUGGAUCAUCGUCUCCUGGCAUUUCUGCAAAACUCGUCAUCUGAGGCAAAGUUAUGCUUGUGGCACCUAAUUGCUCAUUUUGAUGUCACCGGGCAUUUUCUAGCGCCACUCAGUCUUGUGCUGAUUCCUUCCCCAUCAGCGAUACUAAACAGCUCGCUGACGGUCACUGUGCUCUGGCAUUAUGUCCUACAUCACUACGUAAUCUUCUUAGCGUCUCUCAUUCCUCUGCGUCUGACUGAUCCGUGCUAACAUCUGCGUAAAUCUCCUGACGUGUCUUCCGCUUCCGUGUAAACCACGCUUUGUUAAGUCUGGUUCUGUCUCUCUCGUUCAGGUGUCUUGUCUUACUUCUUUCUGCAGUGACUCGGGAGUCAAUGACUUGUAUCGUCUUCUGCUACAGCGGCCCUAUUUAGACAGCUGGCCAGCGGACGAUUGUGCUGCAAUGCGUCAGAACCAAUCAGAACAUCUUAUUAAAAGUUAUCUGAAUUGCAGAUAUUGUUGUGACUGGUUGCAUAACUCCUGGGCAUUCCGGCAGUGCCACCUGCGUUGGUUGCCUAUCCAUCAGGGAUGCCGCUCGUUCGCCACCAGGCGUCUCUAAACCUGCUGCGGGUGUGUUACUGUGGUGCUGCUGGUCACACCACAACAAGUUAGUUAGUUAGUUAGUUACAAGUGAAGCUAAUAAAAGCACAUUAAAAAUGAGCAAGUGCCAGAGAACAAUUAAAGUAAAAAAAAACUUUGCCAGCAGGAAAAUUUGUGCAGAAAUAUGAGGCAUAGCUGCUCACCCGAGGCAGUGGGCACGUGGACCCGGCUGAGACUCUCGGUCAGGGCGUUACAUGACCCAUAUGAGGAAAGAUAUGAGCCCUCUAAUUACCAAGCUUAUUUAAUUAACACCUAGCUCGCUUUAGGUGUCAGGCACACCAUACUGAUCAACACACACGAGAACUACGAGGGUUAGCGACAUGUGGCCAUAUUUAUCUGAUGAAUCCGCGCACGUCUGGUCUCGGCUGAUGACGAAGAGGAAUUGGAGCGAGCAGCGCUCUGCGUGCGGACAACAGGCAGCUUCCCGCCGGAACAAAACCGUUACUUGAUUCUGCGAUCCGUGCCAAAGGUUAGUUUAAGAAAGACACAAAACACUCAUAAUUUCUACUAUCCCUCAUCCGGGCUCAAAACCUUAAAACAUCAGCUACUUUUUAUAUAAACAUUAAAAUCAGGCCCAGCUUUGGCCGAGUAUGAAUCCGCUCGGGUUCGCCCGGCAACGUCUUUGUUAACUAAACCUAAUAACCUAAAUACUAAUUACAUACAGCACUAAUUAGGUCUGCUGGAACACACAGCACUUGGGACUCAUUAAAAAAGGUUUACAAUAAUUAUGGGGGAUGUCGCCCUCUCGCGGUAGUCCGUGCCGCGCAGUUUGAACACAUGCACGUCUACGUACGUUGGCGGUACAAAUGCCGUGAAGGAGGGGAAGGGGCAGUGGAGCCGGACCAGGCUUAUGGGGCGAAGCCCCGGUUGACGUCAAAUAGAUGUUUAUAAAGGCGGUGCAAAAUGAAUUUAGGAAAACAUGUUACUAGAUAAGAUAAACUAAACUACCAUUUUCACAAUUCAGUCCAUGCCCUAAUGGAAAUGAUACACAUGGGUUUCUUCCAUACUGGCUUACCUAUGUCCUGCAUAACGUUGAGUUCAAGUAGCCAACCAACAUGCUGCAGCGAGUAAAGCUUCAGGAAGCUACGCUGUCUGCCUGAAGGCAGCGCUCAGGCGACGGGCUAGAGACCAGUGUGAAGUGGAGGGGAAAAAGUGGCACAUGCAAUGGCGAUAGGCUGCACCCAGCAGUUCUAAUAAUAUUACUGGUUUAUAAAUGGUUUUUAUCAUUUCUAUGAGGAUUUCUACAAUGGGUUUGAAAAUGAAGAAGAUUGGAUUAUAUAUCAGCUCUAGCAUAAAUUGGGAGUAAAUGUUCAUGUGGUUUACAGUUUGGAAUAAACUAUUUGCUGUGCUGUAAUAAUUUUUGACUAAUUCCUUCUACUGAAAUUUCUGUGCUGUCAGUCGUAACUUUUUUAUGUCAGAUGAUUUUGGCUUGUUUAGUGUGUUUGCAUAUUCAUCUUUUUUUGUAUUUAUUGAGGUUGUUUUCGACAUGUAGUGUAACCAGUAUCUGCUUAUCUCCAUAAAACAUCUUAAAUCAAUCUUCCCUAUGCAAGAAUGAUUAAAAGAACGUAUUUUUAUAUAGUCUUUGUCACUAAACUGUUCAGUUGUACAAUUUCAAAAAAUAAUUUGUAAAGAGUUUUAUUCCUCAAAAUAUAGGAAUAUACAGUAGGGGAUCCAGGAUUUUGGUUUGGGAGGGGCUUGACCCAGCUGAGGCUAGGCUUUAUCAAGGAAAACACUAAAACAAUAGUGGACCCAGAUGCUUUUGGGGGGGGCUUGAGCCCCUUAGCCCCCCCUCUGGAUCCGCUACUGGGAAUAUAAUACCAGUUUUUCAAAUAAACACUAUUGAAUUGUAGAGCUAUUGAUAGAGCUAUUGAUAGAGCUAUUAAUAAAUAUGCCAUUGUUACAUUAAGAAUUAAAUUUAAAUAAUGGGAAAAAUUAUAUGAUUAUUCUAGGAUAGGUUAGGAAACCCCUUUUAAUUUGGGGAUGCUAGUAAGUGUUAUGAUAGUAUUUUUCAUGUGUUACUAGAAUCUAUUUAAAAUAUGUGUCCUAAAUACACCCAUCCCUCACUUAGCACGUCUUCAGAUUGCGCGGAUUCAUCUAGCGCAAUGUGAAUUUUACUGCCCCAAAUCUGCAGGCAAAAAAAAAAAGUCUGGCACGAAGCCACAAAGUUUGUUUCAACUUCUGUAAACAAAAGAAAAAGAGGUGCCGUCGGAUAUGGUUAGCCGAACAAGGGGGGAAGAAAUGCGCGCGGUGCCACCAUAGUGGUUUAUUUUUUACCCGCUAGUGCAUUUGUGACAAUCACCAGAAAGUCGGCUGUCGUAGCAUCUGCCAUCUAGUCGGCCAUUACCCUCACCAUAUUAAAAAUCUAUCAAUAUUAACCUAGAAAUUCGGAGUAUUUAAAAAAUUAAUCAAAAAUAACCACCUAUUAAUGUAAAAUUAAUUAAUUUCAUUUCAGUCCUUAAUUUUAUACUUAGUCGAUGCAAAACCAAAUAGCAUAAAAUUAACUAUUUAAUUAAACAUGAUAAAAUGUCCUCAAAGAGCCUUAAUUACCCCCUAAUAUAAUAGCCUUCAGUAAGCCACUGACAUCAAAUGGUCUGCCAUAUUGAAUAUCUGUAAUCAUUAACCCGAGAUUUUGGGGAAAAUUUAAAUAUCCAUAAAAAAAUUAAUUUUAAACAAAUAUGUUAAUUCCUUCGAUUUGAGCUAUUUAUUUGUUCUUUUUUCAAUGUUAAGAGAAAUUAUAUCUUAAAAUUAUUAAUAAAAAAUUUUCACUUUACAUUUUGAUGUGUUAUUAAACUUCAUUUCUAAGACCAAGGACUCGGUACAAAAUAUCUGCCCGACUUAAUAAAUGUGUUACACAAUAUCACUAUACCUAUUUGGAGGUCAUCUUCAAACAGCUUAUGUUUGCUAUAGUGCCAAAUACAGGCAUAUAAUCUCUGAACCACAUGAACUUAUUUUACGAUAGUUGGUAUUACUUUCAACCAAGUCAAGUCCAAUAUCAGGUGUAUAGGCCAAGCGUAUCCAAGUCACGAGGCCUUAUUUUCUUAUAGUACUUGAAUACCUUUUAACCAUGUCAUGUACAAUUUCAUGCAUAUAGGACAAAAUACAUCCGAACAAUUUCAAUACUUAACAGAACUUUUAAUCAAGUCAUUUACAAACUUAGCCUAUAGGUGGAGCAUCUCCGAAACACAAGGCCUUCUUUUUAGAUACUUGAUAUUUCUUUCAAAUUAGUUAUGUCUAACGUAAAGUGUAUAGGCCAAACGUAUCCGAACUGCCAGACUAGCGGACCUGACAGACGUUGUUCUGUUCAAACGUUUUAAAUUCAAAAAUUAAUAUUUUCAUUUAUACGUGCGUUUGCAAUUUGGUCUCUUAAAUUUACAUUAUCCGCCGAAUGUUCUUCUGUCAUUCUAUUUAAUCGACGAUUGUAAAAAUGCUGCUGUUGUAAAAACAUCAGCUAUGGCAAGUUAAAAUGUGGCUAUGGAGUGUAAAGGACCUAAUGUUUUUAUGUCCGCGCGUAUGCCGCCGUGCCAUACCGUUGUCGCCUGGCCACAGACCAGGCUGUGAACUCAGUCUAGCCAGUGUCAGGGAAUUCACUCAAACAAAAGCAACAUCUGCCCAUUCAGCUGCCGGUAACUGUACGUGCUUGAUCACUCAUAAUGCACCGUGUCCAAGUAAUUGACUCAAAUCUAUAAGUAUUACGGCACGCAAAUUUUCAUGAAGGCCACACUUAUGUUGGUCGCACUUUAGAUUUAAGCACGUCAACUGUGCCAUAAUUGUAUGAAAUAAGGACUCUUAACAAAAUUUUAUAUAAGUCUGAUGCUGUUGGUUGUACUAGUGGAAAUAUAUUUGACAUUAGAUACCGGAACAGAAAUGAAAAGAUGAUUCACGUGGAAAAGGUUGUUAAAUGAGUGUUGCAAUUAAAAAAAUAAUCAUUGGCCUGACAGGGUUGGUGUGAACCAGGUGGUGAUACGUGAAUAAAAACUUUAAUUUUUGAAUAAUUAAAAUGUAGUUAUUCGGACAGUAAUAUCGGUUUCACUGUCAGUAAAGGAUGGUUUGGAAAGGUACGCGACGUGAGUUGAAGGUCACGCCCGGGCGGGCAAGUCAGCCAGCCGACUGACGAUAAAGUACAUACAUAACCACGUAUCUCCCGUUACACGGUGUCGUAUUUGUCAUACAAAGUGCGAUGGGAGGCAUAUAAAGAUAAAUGGUUUACAUAUUUAUAGUUGGGUGUUAUUCAGCACUUUUAUAUUACGUAAAGUAUACUUUCCUACACAAUUUUGGAACACAUUAAAUAAAUUAACCUUGCUAUUUAAGGAAACUAAUGCUUCAGAAUAUGCAAUUUCGAAUAAUACAAGCCUUUUUAGGAACAAAUUAGUUGUGCUAAGUGAGGGAUAGGUGUAGAAGUAAUUUUUGUAAUGUGGAUCAUUAUUUUUAUAUAUAAUAUGUGCCAAAACAAUGUCACUGAUAUUUUAUUAUUUAUUGGUAAACAGUAUUUGUAUAUAUUUCUGAACGAUUUAUGCUUUAAGAUGCUCCAGUAUUAUACUGAUUGUGAAAACAGACCCUUUACGAGUGAAUGUUGACAAAGCAAUAAUCAAACUUUUGAUUUGUUAAUAAAUUAUAAACAUGUACUGCACCAGCAAUCAUAAUUUUUAAAAUAGAAAAUUUGUAGAUAUUUAUAUGUUAUGUAUAGCAUAUCAAUUUGUGCUUUUUGCACUUGACACCAUGGCACCAGAGCCAACUGACCAAUCAGAAGGCUUCAUUUUGAAUUUAAAGUUGUGAACAAUUUUACAUAUAAAAACUGUCUUCUUAAAUCAACAACUGAAAUGGCGUAACGUGUGUGAGAAGCACUGUAAUAAUCAGAGAGUGUUAGGUAGCAGAGAUAGCUUCCAUCGUACUUUUGAUGAUCAGGGUAUGCUGCAAAUGUGCUAGGUAGUGAGGUAAUAAGGCAGUACUUGAAAGUAUUGUACUUAGUUGUAAUUCAUAAAUAUGUGAGUACCAUAAGCCCCGGACUUUACCAUUGACCUCCAUUAUUAAAAAUAAUUAUAAGAUGCUAAGCCUAUUGUUCAAAAACUGUGUAACUAAGAUGUUAUAUUUAAAGUCUAAAAGAAAUAUGGAUUUUUCUUUAAUUGAAACAGCAUACAAUUUCAAGUGUGAUAGUGACAUUUAAAUUCACAUACUGACUUAAAGUUAAGAUUUACGUUCGUAAUCUCAGUGGUCUUGACAGAACAUUUCUUGUGUACACCACUGAACUUGCUAGUCAGCCUAACUAUUAACAGUAUUUUAAAGAAACGUGUGUUUUUGUCACAGAAACACUCAUGAACUUGCAUAUUUAAUAUCCAGAAAAAUUAUUAUUACAACAAUAACCAAAAAUACCAGUAACGAGAUGUCCAGAAAGUGGUUUAUCUGCGCCACCUAAACAACAAUCAUCUUUAGGUAAUAAUGCAGUACAGUCACUACUUCACAUGCAGCGAGAGAAUACAAUAACCGAUCCAAUUACCACCCAAAAAGUAAUUACACUGCAAAGCAACAACAAAAACACACAAAAAAUUCAAAUAGGUCACAAAAGUCAAACAAGUCUCGUAGAGGGCAAAAACUCAAAUUGGCCACAGAUUCAAAUAAUGUGAAAAAUUCUACGGACGCUAGGGAACAUUGUAAAAAUUGCAUGAAUCCUAAAAAUCCAGGCAAAAGAACUUGCCAAAAUAUUUUUGCAAGUCUACCAACAGUAUUACCUUAUGCCAACACCUUAAUUGGCAAACAUGAAAUUCCAGGACUGAUUACUGGCUCAGUCCUAAGUUUUAUUUCAGGAAAUCUUUUUCAUGUUUUACAAAAGGAGAAAUUAGUUCAGAAAACUGAACCAAUAAUGAUACAUACAAUGUUUCACCGCAUCAGAGCAACCAUUAAAGGUUAACACAAUAGCAGUCUAUAAAAUUAAAAUUGAGUUAUUUUCCUGGACAUUUCGAUUUUUAGUUUUAAAGGACUUGGCAACUGAUUUCAUUUUCGGAUACGAUUUUAUAUCAGGCUUAGUAACUAAUUUGCAGGCAAGAAAGUUCAGUUUAAAAUUUUAUAAAUCAAUUAUCCCAUUUCUUUCCCCUAAAAUCCAGCAUCGGAGUAAUGUUAAUGCAAUCCAGUUUGAAGUUGAGGAUGGAUGUGAGUUAUCCCUGACACAUCUCGACACAUCGCAAAGAAAAGCAGUGGAAAAUCUAUGUCACAGUUUCCCAGAUGUUUUGACAAAAAAACUAGGUUGUACUCAGUGCAAUAUGAAAUAAAACUUUUGGAUAAAUCCCCAGUCAGGUGUUACCCUUAUCAAUUAUUAGGACCCAAAAUGGUAAUCAUGCGCGAACACAUACAAGACCUAUUGGACAAGGAUGUAAUUGAACCAUCGACUUCCAGUUUUUCUUCUCCAGCAUUUUUGGUUAGAUAGUGGAUAGAAAAAUUAACUGACACACAGACAUGAAAAUGGUACCAUUACCUGAUUUGAAUUCAGCUUGCCAUUGGUAUAGCAAAGCCAAGUAUUUUAGCAUUUUUGAUCUUAAUUUGGCCUAUCAUCAAAUACCACUAACCCCAAAGUCAAAACCAGUCACCGGCUUUUGCGUUCCCUGGAAUUUGUAUCAAUACAAAGUAGUUCCUUUUGGCCUAGCCCAGGAGCACAGGUAUUAACUCACCUUCUUGACCAAGUUUUUGGUGAUUUAAAAUUAAAAUUUGUAUUUAAUUACCUUGACGAUGUUAUAGUGUAUUCUGAAUCUUGUGAAGAACAUAAUAGCUCAUUUGUCUGAAGUUCUCACCCGACUGCGUAAAGCAGGACUCACAGUCAAUACAAAGAAAGUUAAGUUUGCAGUUUUCGAAAUUUCUUUUCUGGGACACAUAAUUUGCAGUAGAGGAGUAACAAUUGACCCAAGCCGUACACAGGCCAUAGCUGAUUUCCAACCACUGAAAUAUCCAAAAGGAAUUUCAAGAUCUAUUGGAAUGGCUAAUUUCUAUGCUAAAUUAUCCGUAAUUUUGCAGAACACGCAGCCCCGUUAAAUGCACUUCAAAAGAAAAACACAUCAUUCAAUUGGGGUCCUGAACAAGACAAAGCUUUCAAUUAUUUAAAACAAGCCAUAGCCAGCCCACCUGUUCUUCGGAUGGCGGAUUUCACUAAACCAUUCAUCCUACAGACAGACAAACAGAUUGAGUGACGCCAUUGGCGCAGUUCUAUCACAAGAGUUCGAUGGCCACAGGCAACCAAUAGUUUUCGCCUCUCGCACUCUAACUCAUCAAGAGAGAAAAUCGUCCUUUGUUUAUGAUCUUGAGUGUCUAGCAGUUGUGUUCGGAAUCGACAAGUUUCGGCAGUACCUUGAGCACAGGGAAUUUUUAUUAGAGACUGACAAUCAGGCCCUAGCUUGGCUUUUGGCUCACCCCAAGCAACUAGGAAAACUAGGCAGAUGGAUAGCAAAAAUCUCUUCACUUAAAUUUACAAUUCAACAUAUCAGAGGUUCACAGAAUAUCAUGGCAGAUGCUCUUUUUCGAAUCUUUGAGAAUCCCUCCAAAUCAAAUCUUCAGGAGGAACCUCCCAUUUCAUGCCACGCCCUACUCACAGACACAUAUAAACCUAACAAUCCACUUUCUAAUCUCUGGUCACUACAUGAGCUUCUCCUGGAUAACCCUCGCAACAUAAAAGAGGCCUGGAGAAGAGCUCAACACAAUCUGAACUUAGCCCACGCGACAAGCAGGCAGAAAUACAAUAAGAAACGUUACUUAAUCCAUACAGGGUAGGUGAUAUGGUGUUGUGCAAGGCACACCCAAAAAGGAAGGCUAUCGACAAGCGAUGUGCCAAACUUGCAUAUUGUUGGAGUGGCCCGUGGCAAAUCUAAUGCUUUAUAACCCCAGUAACGGUCGCACUAGCCGACCCAAGUUCGGGUGCAUACAUAACGCGCGCAUACAUUUCGCACCUAAAGAAAGUGCAUCCUAACAUCAAUUAGGUGCUUUCUUUACUCCUAUUCGAGGAGUAUCAUACAAAUCUUUGGCAUGCCAUCCGAAACAAUCAGUGUUGACAACAUACAAAAAAUCCUAGGUCCUAAUUAUAAGUAAUAAAAAUAGAAAUCCAUGGUACAAGUUUGUAAGAGUAUGCAAAUAUUUUAUAUUAAGAAUGUUUUAGAUUAAAGUGUUUAGUUUUAAGUGGCGCCACUUAGUUCAUAAGAGAGUCAUGACACUUAGUUUAUAAGAGAAUCAUGACACUUAUUUCAUAAGCAAAUCAUGUGCGUAAAGUUGUAUGUAAAGCAUGAAUAACCAUGCCUGUUAGUUCGUAAAGUUGUGUGUAAAUCAUGAAUAAUCAUGUCUCUUAGUUCUUAAGGUGGUUUUGUAUAAUCACGUUACCUAGUAAGUUUAUCAUUUAUUGGAAGUAGUUUAUCUCAGUCGGUUCUGGUACAGGGUAAGUAUACCAGGUCUCAAACUUCUCAUGCACAGUGUUGGUUGCUUACCCUGGCUCCGCCUUUCAGUGGGGGAGUAUGUUUUGCCAAUUAGUAUUUUUGGCACAAUUCUAAAUUUGAACUUUUGAAAAAUAAUGCGACCAGUCAUUGUUUUUUUGCUGCAAGAACUUAAACUUUUUCUGCCUCCUGUACACUCCCAUUUAAUCUUUGUCAGACCUGUCUCCCCAAUCGUUCCCAGCACAUCAUUUUGCUUACCAUCUAAUGACCCAGCAAGUGCUAUAGUCUUAUCCCCGCUUUGGCGCACAUACAUUGCCUGUAAUUCCUCUCCGAGCCGUGACAAGAAGUGCUAUGGCCUGCAAGCUAUUAGACCUGCUAGUUUCUGAGAGCCAGCCUUACGUGAGCGAUUGCAGACAUACCCGCGGCUCAUCUUAACGUACGUUUCGACACGUCGCUGGCAUAAUUUUUCACAGUAGCGCAGUUCCACCCCACCACCCCCUUUCCAGCCUUUCCUGGGAACACUGCCCAGAGCAGUGUCCGGUCCUUAACACCAGCCUGUCUCAAGGUCUGGACACGAGCAUUUGAAUGUACUGCCUCUGACCUCUAGUAGCAGAGUUGCAAAUUAUUUCCCCUGGGUGUUUGAACGCCCGCUAGAUGCCUUCCCCCUGGCACCUCACACAACAAACAGUGCCCUGUAGUUCAUUUCCAAGCCACCAGAGUGCUGCACUAGUCCCCUCCAUAAGCCCAAUGCUUUAGAAGUCGCCUCGUGUGAGUCGAUCUCUCCCUGUUUCGGACACCCCUCAGUAGGUCAUGUUGACAUCGGCCAGUACCACCAACUUCGAGAUAUAGAAGACAGUAGUUCUCGACCUCUCCCUGGGAAAUCUCGGAACCUUUCGGUCCAGAAGCCAGACUCCCCUCUUCCUUUGAUUGACGUCGUCUUUUAAUUACGAGCCGCUGCCGCCCCAAACGGACUUUGCACCGCGACAGCAGACUGACCACACCGCAUAGUCGGUGAGCCGCAUAUCAAGGCUUCACUCCGGUCGUCAUUCAAAGAUGUAAUCAGCUAGGCAAGGGAUGUGCUCCCUACAACUUUAGUAUUUAGUAAUUAGUCAGUCUGUAUACCUCAUAGAAGUAGUCAUGCUUCAUUAAUAAUACUUUAUAAUAUUUUCUUUUUUUUUUAACUAUGGAAAAGUCCGCGACAACCGCGUGUUCGCUGGCUGAUGCUGGACACCAUCUCCCUGUAUGACAGGGUCCAAGGGCCGGAUGCGGACCUGACCACUCCACCCUCGAGUCAUUCCUCCAGAAAGCAGGACGACUAAGGCGCCCUGGCGCCUCGUUAGCAGCUGAACUUCGGCCAGCAAUCGUCAAACCUCCAGUCCUUCAGUUUAUUUUAUAUAUCUUCAGAAUAACAUUAAAUCACGACGUUGAAAGUAUCGGAACUCCAGAAAUUUUUUUUUCGGAACUUUAAUCGCUCUAAGUCUGCUAUUGUUAAUAAUUAACCUGUUUAUUGUUGCUGAUUUUAUUUUAAUUGUAUCAAAUGAUUAAGGGUAAUUUUCUAAUUAGGGCCGGCCUAUUCUUUAGAUAAUGUAAUUUUAAAUGUAUGUUAAUAUAAUCCAAUAAUUUUCAUAUAUUUGUCAAUCAGUUUAUCAAAUAUUAUUUUAAUGUGAAAAUAACCAAAGUUAAAUAAACAUAGAGGUACUUAUA